AGACAGAGCAGGGAGGCCUCUCGGCAGCCAUCAAGGCACAGGGCUUGGGGUACACGGUGGGCCUCUGGCCUUCACUCUGGUCUUGCCUUCUCAGGCACUAGCCCUGUCACCUUAAAGGAUCUGCAGCUGUGGUCUAGUUCUUGCAUCUCCUGCCCUGGGCGGCCCUGUGCAGCCAGAGGUGGUCACCGGUUGCUGGUUGAGAAGACGACGGACUCACCAGCGGCCGAGUUCUCGCUGGUGGAGGACGUGGCACUGCACUUUGCCUGCUUGAUGGGCCGCCUGAACGAGCAGCGCCUCUUCCAGCCCGACCUGUGUGACGUGGAUCUGGUGCUGGUGCCCCAGCGCAGUGUCUUCCCAGCACACAAGGGCGUGCUGGCCGCCUACAGCCAGUUCUUCCACUCGCUCUUCACCCAGAACAAGCAGCUGCAGCGUGUGGAGCUGUCCCUGGAGGCUCUGGCCCCCGGUGGUCUGCAGCAGAUCCUCAACUUCAUCUACACAUCCAAGCUGCUGGUCAACGCAGCCAACGUCCACGAGGUGCUCAGUGCUGCCUCGCUGCUGCAGAUGGCUGACAUCGCUGCAUCCUGCCAGGAGCUGCUGGACGCCCGCUCCCUUGGGCCCCCAGGCCCUGGUGCCGUGGCCCUCGCCCAGCCAGCCACCAGCUGCACUCCGGCCGCGCCGCCCUACUACUGCGACAUCAAGCAGGAGGCGGAUGCCCCAGGCCUGCCCAAGAUCUAUGCCCGUGAGGGCCCUGACCCCUACUCAGUGCGUGUUGAGGACGGAGCUGGGGCCACAGGUGGUACGGUGCCUGCCACCAUUGGGCCAGCUCAGCCCUUCUUCAAGGAGGAGAAGGAGGGUGGCGUUGAGGAGGCUGGUGGGCCCCCAGCCAGCUUGUGCAAGCUGGAGGGUGGGGAGGAGCUAGAGGAAGAGCUUGGGGAUUCUGGCACUUACAGUCGCCGGGAGCAGUCUCAGAUCAUCGUGGAGGUGAACCUCAACAACCAGACACUGCAUGUGUCCACAGGGCCUGAGGGGAAGCCAGGCACUGCCACGGGCCCGGCCACCAUGGUGCUGGGCCGGGAGGAUGGGCUGCAGAGACACUCAGAGGAUGAGGAGGAUGAUGAGGAAGAGGAGGAGGAAGAGGAGGAAGAGGAGGGUGGUGGCAGUGGAGGGGAGGAGGAAGAGGAGGAGGGUGGCAGUCAAGGAGAGGAGGACGACGAUGAAGAGGAGGAAGGGCACAGCGAGCAGGAAGAGGAAGAGGAGGAGGAGGAGGAAGGGCACAGUGAGCAGGACCAGGAGAGCUCAGAGGAGGAAGAGGAGGAGGAUGAGGAGGACGGGGAGGCGGGGGGCAGGCAGGGGCCUGGCCGCCGAAGCAGCCGGGUGGACCCACCUCCUCACAGUCGCAUGGCAACUCGGUCUGCCCGGCGCCGGGGCCCCCCUGAGCCUGAGGAGGCCGAGCGGCGGGGUGGGAAGCGGCCAAAACCUCCUACAGGAGUGGUUCCUACGCCAGCCCGAGGGCCACAGGCCACUGAUGGGCUGGGGGCCAAGGUGAAACUGGAGGAGAAGCAGCACCACCCAUGCCAGAAGUGCCCACGAGUUUUCAACAACCGCUGGUACCUGGAGAAGCACAUGAAUGUGACCCACAGCCGCAUGCAGAUCUGUGACCAGUGCGGCAAGCGCUUCCUGCUGGAGAGUGAGCUGCUUUUGCACCGGCAGACAGACUGCGAGCGCAACAUCCAGUGUGUGACAUGCGGCAAAGCUUUUAAGAAGCUCUGGUCCCUCCAUGAGCACAACAAGAUUGUACAUGGCUACGCAGAAAAGAAGUUCUCCUGUGAGAUUUGUGAGAAGAAGUUCUACACCAUGGCUCACGUGCGCAAGCACAUGGUCGCCCACACCAAGGAUAUGCCCUUCACCUGCGAGACCUGCGGGAAGUCCUUCAAACGCAGCAUGUCUCUCAAGGUGCACUCACUGCAGCACUCCGGGGAGAAGCCGUUCAGAUGUGAGAACUGCAAUGAGCGCUUCCAGUACAAGUACCAGCUGCGGUCACACAUGAGCAUCCACAUCGGCCACAAGCAGUUCAUGUGCCAGUGGUGCGGCAAGGACUUCAACAUGAAGCAGUACUUUGAUGAGCACAUGAAGACCCACACAGGAGAGAAGCCGUACAUCUGCGAAAUCUGCGGCAAGAGCUUCACCAGCCGACCCAACAUGAAGCGGCACCGACGCACGCACACCGGGGAGAAGCCCUACCCCUGCGACGUGUGUGGCCAGCGCUUCCGCUUCUCCAACAUGCUCAAGGCGCACAAGGAGAAGUGCUUCCGCGUCAGCCACCCCCUGGCCAGCGAUGGCACCCCUGCGGCCCCGGGGCUGCCUCCCACUCAGCCCCAGGCUCUGCCCCUGCUGCCAGGGCUGCCCCAGACCCUCCCGCCCCCACCCCACCUGCCGCCCCCGCCCCCGCUUUUCCCUACUGCUGCCAGCCCCGGGGGGAGGCUGAAUGCCAGCAAUUAACUGCCUGCCUGCUGCACGGGCAGGGCCGGAGCCCUGUGCCCACCCCUCCGUGUCGAGGGGGCAACAACACCUCCAGAGGUGGUUGGACACGCUCUGCGGGAGCCCCCUGACCCUGGGGGGCGUGCAGGCUGGCAGCCCCCAGAACUGGCAGAGGACACCUCACUCCCAAGUGCCCCCUUUCAGUGACUCUUUGAAGCCUUUACUUUUUUUUUUUUUUUUUUGAAAUGAAGGAAAAAGAAAAGAGGAAACUAUUGGCAUCACCCCCCUCCAGGUGAUGGGGGUGCUGGAGGCUGCAGGUACAACGGGAAGAGGCCUGGGGAGCAGGUGUGACUGGUCACUCUGCUAAGGCCUGAGCCAGAGUGGGAUGACCAGGCCCAGCCCAAGUCAACUUCAGCUGCUCAUCCCCACCUCUCCCAUGCCCCCUAACUUGCCCCUCAUCCCAGAGGGUUUGGGGAGAAGUUGGGGUGCCAGCGGCCCCUUUUGAAGGAGUUGUGGACCCAGUAUGAGUGCUGCCAGAUAUUGAUCAAGGACUUGAGCCUGAAUGCCAGGAAUGCAUUGGGCAGGCACAGCGAGGUGUGAAGACCACAGAUGCAGCUGUGCACUGUGGGGAGUGAGGCGGGCAGGGGCUGGACCCCAGGCGUUUGCUUUUCCCACUCACCACCCCGCUGGCAGGCACAGGGAUCCUCGACCUGCACCAGGCUGCACUGAAGGCUGGGUCCUGAAGAAAAUGUCCCCAGAAACUGCUGGGCCUCAGGGUGUGUGAGUCAGGCCCCGGGUGGGCAGACGGGCUAGCUCCCACAGCACCAGCUCCCAGGGCUGUAGCUCAGGAGCCCCAGCAAAUAGGUGGACCCUAAGGGCAGGACCCUAAAGAGGAGGCUUGGGCAAAUGUUUUAAGGUUUCAAGGUGCUAUCAGUGGGGCAGGAGGCGGGGUAGCUGUUCACAGACCGCCCAAUCCCUCAACAGCUGUCCUUGCCAUAUCUCCCACACCAGAGAUGUCUGUGUCCGUCUCUGCUCCCUGAAGGCAGCACAGGCCUCAUCUGCUCUCUGGGCCUGGCCACAACCCACCCCUGGCUGGUGUCCACUUUCCUUGUCUCUCCUGGGCCUCUGUGCUCAUGGUUAGGGCAAGGAGCCCACAUGAUCAGGCCCUGGGGGGCAGAGUCAGAGGUACUGGGGGAACGCCAGCCUGUGCCCAACGCUUGCCCCCACAAGGCCAGCACUAACAGGACAGCCUUUUUUGUUGUCAUUUAACAUCUUUAUUCCUGCCUUUAAAAUGGGGAGGAAGGUUCCAUAAGCUACAUGUUCCCUAGUUAAGCUCUUUCCUAUUGUGUUUAUACAGUUUGUUUGUUAUACUCUUUGCACCUUAAACCCCCACAACUACCCCCACAACCACCACCUUCCCAACAUGGCUGGAGUGGGAAGAGGCCUGAGCCCAGUGGGGGCCUGGGGCGGGGGGAACUGGCCUCAUCAGCCCAAGGGCUGAGGGGGUUGGAAUGCCUCUGACCUCCUUGUGAGGCCCAGGGUGCUGGGGCAGGGGACAGGGGACAUUUUAAUCAUCAAUAAACGAAGCACUUUAUUCUGUACAGAUGUGGGCAGGCCCAAGGAGCCCGAGUGAUUUGAGAAUUUAGAAUCCAAGCCACACAACCCAGAUUGUUCUCUGGGCCCUGAGGGGGCAAUGCCCUGGCCUGGUUGAGUUUGGGGCUACAGCAGGAACAGUGCAAGCCAGAGCCUAUGGACGCACCCUCCUGCGUCCUCUGGGGAGAAAAAGUGGGCUCUUCCCCAAGAGAGGAAAGCUCCCUGUCUGGCUCCCAGCCCUGCGGCUCCCUUACCCCAAGGCUGGGGGUUCCGGCCUCUUCUGGGUUCAGGGCUGUACCUCUCAGGCUCCUGCUUUGCGGUAGCUCUUUCCCUUUCCUGCACCCCUUGAUUGCUGGGCUUCCAUGACGUCCUCAGGGUCUCCCCUCCCUGUUUCCCCCUCUCCCUUGCUAUUUCUAACCUCUGGUCCCAGUGCCUGGCAGCUCUUCAGAGCUGGCCCCUGUUUUCCUAAGAAAGGUUUGAUCUUCCCAAACUGUAGGCUGUAGGCUGGGACUCCCAUGGGUUUCCCACCCCCUGUCACUGACACCAGGGUCUCCUUUAGGGGCUGGUGGCCCUGUCAACCUGCUAGUCUGACCACAACCACAGUGAGCCUGGGAGGGCCUGGCCAGGCUGGGCUGCUGGUCCCUGAGGCUGGACUUUUGAUAAGCAGAGGCUAGAAAUGGGUGUGGCGGAGUUGGUGGGAGACCCGGUCCCAGGGCUUGGGUCUCCUGUUUUUGUGCACUUCCCCUCUGAAGGCAUAAGAGGAGUCCAGACAGCAGGCUGGUCACUGGUCAAAUGGUCGUUGUAGGUGGGCACAGCUAACCCCUUUCCUGGGAGGCCCCUGUCCCAGUGGGUACAAGUGUCCUGUGUCCCUGGUGCUAAAUGCUCUCUUCCCCUUGGGCCAGUGUUGGCGAGAGCUCUUUUCUAGCCAGACCACAAGAGUCUGAAGCAAUAAUGGAACCUCAGCAGUGCCAGUAUGGAUAGGGGUUCUUGUUUUACCAGCUUUUGCAUUACCUUUUUAAUUUUUAAAACUAACUAACAAGCACCUGGAUAAUGGAGUAAGGGGACUGGGGCAUCAUACCCAAUUCCCGGGGGUAGUGGUGGGGAGGGGACUUGGGGUCAUCACCUCCCACUGGAGAUCUGCCCAGGGGUCCCUCUGUCCAGCUGGACUUCUCAGCCAUUUGGCCAAGACCUCAAGUUUGGAACCUGGGCCUGCCCCCUCCCAACUCCCCUUGCACUCCCUGGUCUUGGGCCAACUGGGGGUGAAUGGCUAGAAAGAUGAGGUGGGCCUUAAGCCCCUUGGCCACAGUUCUGGGAACCGGGGCUGGGGGGCAGGGCCUGAGCCACUGACCCUGAUGCAUGCCACCAUGGCCGCCACAGCAUGGGCUCAGCAGUGGCAGAACGGCUGUGCCCAGGCAUGUGGACCCUUAAUGUCUGGUCCUAUGUGGCCACCCCACAGCCCCAGAGUGCGUGGGGGACAGCAGGAGGGCGAGGAGAAGAGCGAAGGGGAAUAAAGACAGUACAACUGUC